AUGUUCGCCCUCGUCCCCCCCACGCUCCUUCUCGCGGCGUCGCUCGUCAACGGCCAGACCACGGCCAGCACCGCUGCCGGUGGCGCCGCCUCGUCGGUCACCACCGCUCCUGCUGCCGCCGGCACAACGGUCGCCACUGGUGCUGCCGACGCCGGCGCCGGCACCUGGGGCCCGGCCAUCACGAACGCUCCUACCGGCGCUCCCUCGUACUACUCGUACGGCACGCCCAACCCCCAGGCGCCCGGUGUCCUCGCCAAGUUCCCCAACGGCCCCACCAACCCCGAACGCCCGGGCUUCUACCCCAUCGGCGCGCAGGUCAACCAGACCUCGCUCUCGCGUCUCCUGUCGCUGAACGGCGUCGACGACUUCUGCAUGUACGGCCCUAUGGAGCCCGGACCCGACAGCCUGAUCGGCAACGUCGAGCCCUCGGUCGUCGCCUACUGCACGCAGCCGCGUAACGGUGCCCGCCUGAUCCCCGACGGCACGAUCCACUCGGCGCACGUCAUCAAGACGCCGCUCUACGUCCAGAUCCACGGCUUCUGGGACGGCACGCGCAUCAACAUCCCCGCCGGCGACACUGGCGGAGAGCUCGACCCCCACGGCGAGAAGAACGAGGGCAACCCCAUCGGCGGCAACGUGACCACCAACCUCGCUACGGGCCAGGACACGUUCUACGAGGAGUGGAUGUCGUUUGUGUCGUUUGACCAGUUCUGUCUCCGUAUCUGCACGGCCGGCACCGACAAGGUCAACUCUGGCCUCCAGUGCGAGCACAAGCUCGACAUCAUGGGCUGCCGCUUCGUCAUGGCCAUCCCCGACCUGUACUCGACGAACGGUACCUUCACCUUCUGCGAGGGCGAGCCUGCCGCCCCUCCCGGCCUGUACCCCCUGCCCAACGGCGACUUCUCCACCUUCCGCCAGCGCUGGACCGACAAGAACAACCCGCCCCAGUACACGGUCGGCGACCUCGUCACGCCCGGCGCGCCCGCGUACUGGCCCAAGACGUCCAACUGCCAGACGUUCUCGUCCAUCUCGAACGGCAUCGACCCCGCCAACUUCCUCGUCAAGUCGGCGCCCACUGUCCACGUCUCGGGCUCGGGCUCGGCCGCCGCUGUCACUGGCCUCGCCACGACCACGCCUGCGACCGUCACGACUCCCUCGAGCGUCAUCGCCACCGGCAAGCCUACCGACGCUGCUGCGUCGUCGGGUGCCUCGGGCGCCUCGGGCGCCAGCGGCGCCAACACUGCCUCGCGUGCUGGCGAGUCGGCCGGCGCUUCGAGCAAGCCCAGUGGCGCCGGUGCCGUCGCGCCCAUCUCGGCGCUCGUUGUGCUUGUCGCUGCUGCCGCUGCCCUCUUCUAA